AUGUUCAAGGUCUCCAAGUCAUACUCGCGCAAACAUGAACGCAAACGGGAUGACAACUUUGUAUUGCCCGGCUACAACGCCCCACCCCCAAUCAACCGGUCGGAACAAAUCGAGUACUCAUCAGUAAGAAACGGCCGCUCGCCCGGCCCCUACGGCCGUGACGGCUACAAACAGGAAAUCGAGGGCGAACGUUCGUAUCAGGCCGAACGUUCCUUCUCCGGCGCAGAACAACGAGGCUUCGCCUCUGGCGAACACCGUGGUCUGUCCGGAGCCGAACAACGUGCCUUCUCAGAACAGAGAAACGCCGACCGUUCCUUCACCAACGACCGUGCCGGCUUUGCCGGAGAACGUGCCGGCUACGCGGCCGAACGUUCGUUCAGCACAGACCGUGCCGGCUUCGCCGGAGAACGUGCUGCCGGAGAACGGUACGGUACGGACAGGAGCUACGGCCUUCGUCGUACCGCCUCCUCCGACCGCUACCAUCAAGACCGUGCCUACAGCGCACAGAACGCCAUCAACGACCGUGGCUACACGGAGAACGAACGUGCCUGGCAUUCAAGCGCCAGCCACGCCCGCUCCCCACCCCCCAACGCCAAUUCACCCCGCUCGGAGCGAGGUGUGUACCAAGCCGGCAAUUACUGGGUAUCCUCACCACCCCCCUCCCGGCUGAGUAGUCGCAACCAUGACACGGCCUACAGCGCCUACCACUACAACGAGCGUCAGCAACGUGAGGCCAAGCGUCAGGAGCUGAGGGAGUUGGCCCGGGAGCGUUACUUCAAGACCAAGCAACCGUUCCACGAGAAGACCGAGUGGGAGACCAAGGAGCACUACGAGAGGAAGGUCAAGAGGGUCAAGAAGCCACAGGAGCAGAUCAAAUACGUGGUCAGGGAGGUUAAGGUGGGUUGAUAUGAAGUUUUGUUUUAUUUUAUGACGGAUUUUUUGAAAGUACUGACAUAUUUUUUUGGAAAAGGAUAACAUAUUUUCUAGAAAGUGAUGACACAUUUUCUAGAAAAUUAUGACACAUUUUCUGGAACUUGAUGACAUAUUUUCUAGAAAGUAAUGACAUAUUUUUCGGAAAUUUUUAAAGUGAUAUGACAUUCUUUUUUCUUGUUUUAUUUUAAUUUGGAGUGCUGUGAUAUUAACAUAUGCAAGAACUUUCUUUACAAAACAAAAAAUUACAAGAACUUUCUUUACAAAGCAUAAAAUGGCAAGAACUUUCUUUACAAAACAAGAAAUGGAAAGAACUUUCUUUACAAAGCAUAAAAUGGCAAGAACUUUCUUUACAAAACAAAAAAUUACAAGAACUUUCUUUACAAAGCAUAAAAUGGCAAGAACUUUCUUUAUAAAACAAGAAAUGGAAAGAACUUUCUUUACAAAGCAUAAAAUGGCAAGAACUUUCUUUACAAAACAAAAAAUUACAAGAACUUUCUUUACAAAGCAUAAAAUGGCAAGAACUUUCUUUACAAAACAAGAAAUGGAAAGAACUUUCUUUACAAAGCAUAAAAUGGCAAGAACUUUCUUUACAAAACAAGAAAUGGAAAGAACUUUCUUUACAAAGCAUAAAAUGGCAAGAACUUUCUUUACAAAGUACACAAUGGCAAAAACUUUCUUUACAACCUUUAAAAUUUUAAAACCACAUUAGAUUCUUAAUGACAGCCGGUUUGAAGUGUGAUAUUUUAAGUUCGAGUGAGUUUUAGGCCAGCGAAGAGAACAAAGGCUACGACGGUCCACCAACUCCACGUGCCGCUACACCAACUGGUCCAAAGUGGGACAUCAACGAGCAUGGCAACACCAAGAGAUCAACCAACGAACAUCAUCAUGUAGGGAAUUUUCUAGUGCUGGGAGAGUACUAAGGGGCUUAUUCUAAAAAUUCAACCAAAAUUUUAUUUUUUUACCGAAAAUUUGAUUUUUCAACCAUUUUUAGACACCUCAACCCUUCUAGUACUCCCCAGUAUGCACUAUAAUAUAAUACAGGAUACUUAACUUUAUUUAAUAAUCUUGUUAUAACUUGUGUGCUGUGAAGUUUGAAGUGAUUUUACACUGUAAUUCAUUAGUUUUUUCAAGUUUUUGUUACCUAAAAAAUGAAAAAAUAUCUCACAAAUUACCUAAAAUAUAACUUUCAAUAACUUUUUGGAUAAAAACGCAUUUUUGUUACCUAAAAAUUGAAAAAAGUAAUUUUUUAUUAUAUAUAAUUCAUUAGUUUUUACAAGCUUUUGUUAUCUAAAAAUUGAAAAAAGUCUUCAGAAUGACCUAAAACAAGGUUUUUAAUAACUGUUUUUAAGCAAAACGUCCAUUUUCUAUCACAUUUUCAAUCAAAACUAACAAAAACCUACCUAAAAUAUUAUUUUUAAGAUUUUUUCCAAGCAAAACCUUUAAAAAUAUACCUAAAAUAUUAGUGUCAAUAACUUUUUUUAAUCGAAAACGCUCAAAAUGUACCUAAAAUAUUAGUUUCAAUAACUUUUUUCGAUCAAAACUUUUAAAAACCUACCUAAAACAUUAUUUUUCACAACUUUUUGCAAUCAAAACCUUUAAAAACCUACCUAAAAUAUCAUUUUAAAUCACUUUUCUUAUUAAAACCUUCCUUUAUUUCAACUUUUUUCAACCAAAAACACCAAAAAUCUAUCUAAAAUAUCAUUUCAAAUAACUUUCUUCAAGCAAAACCUUUACAAAUUAACCUAAAAUAUUAGUUUCAAUGGCUUUUUUAAUCAAAACCGUUCAAAAACUGCCUAAAAUAUAAUUUUAAACCAUUUUUCUUAUUAAAAACAUCCUUUAUUUCAACUUUUUUUUAUUCAAAAAACCUCAAAAACCUACCUAAAACAAGUUUUUUAAAUCUUUUUUUUAUAAAAAUCUUCUUUGUCCUAACUUUUUUCAACCAAAACCUUUAAAAACUACCUAAAACAACGUUUAUAAUAACUAUUUUUAAGCAAGAUGUCGAGUUGUUAUAACUUUUUUACUCAAAACGUUUAAAAGCUUACCUAAAAUACUAUUUUCAAUAGCUUUUUUCAACCAAAAACCUUCAAAAACUUACCUAAAACAUCAUUUUAAAUAAUUUAUCUCUUUCUUUUCAGGAAACCCCACUCAACGUACCACAACAAAACCAAGAAGUUGUUCACGACGAGAAUCUGGACCAUUUCGAGAACCUGGAAGACCUGCCAGAACAAGUGCCAAUCCAAGAGGUCGAGGAUGAGAUGCAACGCUUCGACGAGGACAUUCACACCAAGACCGAGUUCUACGAGAUGGAAGGCAAACUGAACCAGAAGACCGAUGAGCUCCUGACCUUUGUCGAGGCUCUACGUGAAGGUCUUCUGAAUCUGUCUUCCGGCACCGGCGAGUUCUACGAUCUGGUUUCUGGAGCCAGAAUCUCGUUGGAGCGUGCCGCCGAGUUGGGCUACAUUAAGAACGAUCUGAACGAAGUGCUGAACGGUCGUCACGGUAUUCGUCAUCCUGAAACUCAACAGGAGUUGACAUUGCUCGAGGCCAUCAGGAUCGGCCUGUUCGAUCCGGAGAAGCGUCAGUUCCGUGACCUUCAGACCGGCGAGAUCCUCUGGAGCUACGAUCCAAUCUGUAACUCCGAAACUCAACGUCGUUUGAUCAAGGCUGGUGUACUGAAGGUACCACCACUUAGUGUGGAGAACGCCGUAAGAACGAACGCCAUUGACCCUCGUACUGGCGUGUUCAAGGGACAGUACGCCAAGGAGCCAAUGCCAUUGAGAGAAGCGCUACAAAAUGGAUAUCUUCAGUUUGGAUCAGCUUCCCCAAGAUUGGUGGCCCCAUCCUUGACUGACGUGAUCAGAGAACGACUGAUCGAUCCAGUCCAAGGCAAGUUCAUCGACAAGCACACCAACGAAGAGAUAUCGUUCCGUGAGGCCUGUCGUCGUGGCACGGACACUUUGUUGAACCAGAACGUCCGUGAGGUGGUCAACACCAAGGCCAACAAGCGUCUAGCCUUGGCCGACGCCAUCUACGAGAAGGCCAUCAACCAGAACGAUGGAACGUUCAACGACCUGAAGGCCGGAAGCCCAUUGAGCCUCCGUGACGCCUACGAGCGUGGCUUCAUCGGAAAGCCAUUGACCUUGACCGAAGCCGUCGACAAGGGUCAUAUCGAUGCUAUGGGCCGCGUCACCGAGCCCGGCACUGGCCAUCACUACACCCUGAUCGAGGCCUUGGCUCACGGUGUCAUCGACCCUGACGCCGGCCAUAUCCGUGACAAGAAUUCUGGUGAAGUCAUCAGUGUUGUGGAGGCUUUGGAGCGUGGAUUCUUGCUUCCAGAAGGCCAGUUCUCGGUGGACGGCCGCAACGUGGACAUUCGACACGCCAAGCACGAAGGACUUCUGGUCGGUCGUCAUCGUUACAGUAUCUUUGACGUGCAAGGAAUCAAGAAGCAAGGCCGCUCGUUGACCUUCAACGAAGCCGUAGCCGAAGGCCUUCUGGAUGCCAGAGCCGAGAAGUUGGAUGGCAUCAACUUUGCUGGAGCCGCCGACUUCGGAGUUAUCGACCGCAACCUCCAACGCACCUUAACUCAGCCAAUUGGCCUCAAGGACGGACAUCGUGAAGUUAACCUUGUCCAAGCUGUCGGCGCUGGACUGAUCGAUCCAAAACGUGGCGUUCUUCUUUACCACGGCCGUGAGUCGAGCCCACGUGAGUUGUACGAUGCUGGAGCCCUAUCACUGAAGGGCGCCAUCAAAUUGACUGGACUGCUCGACAUUCACCCAGCUUUGAUCACCGGAGCCAGAAAGAUCGAGGAGCAGAAGCGACGCAUCGGUAAACCAGCCAAGGAGACCAAGGUGGAGGACGAUCACGUCAAGCUCACGAUCCAGGACGCCAUGAAACAAGGCCUUCUGGACACGAGAAACCAACGCUUCCGCAAUGGCAAGGAGGAGAUCAGUCUGGACGACGCUCUGAACCAAGGACUAGUCCACCUGAACGACGAAUGGAUCGUACCGAAGAGCCAGGUGUCCCAAGGUGGCCCCACCCUGGAGGAGAAGAUAAAGGAGACGUUGACGCACACCCAACAGGAGCUUGCUCCACAAAUCUUCCCGGACAAACAGUUGGAAGAGAACGUGGAGACCAAGCGUCGUGUGCGUCGUACCGAAGCCAAGGCCGAGGGUGGUCCGGGCUCGGCCACCUACCGUGCCAUCACCGGUGGCAAAGACGGCACUCAGCCUUUGUCGUUCCGCACCGUGGGCCAGCCUCACGUUGAGGAGUCGGAACACUCGUGGGUCUUCGACAGCCACACCGGUCGCUUGACUGAUGCCGCUACUGGAGAGUUGUUGACCCUCGACGCAGCCGUCAGAUCCGGUCGUUUGCCAAAGGAUGAGCUGAGAGUUCGUGACGCUCUGUCCGGACGCGAGAUGGGCUUCACCGAAGCCGAGCAAUGGGGAAUCGUAUCGGCCAAGGAUGGCUUCUACCUGGACAAGACCAACAACAGAAGAGUCUCGUUGGCCGAAGCCGCUCAACAACACCGUGUCUACCCAACUGGUGGCGUUCCAGAGCACGCCGGUGACUCGGUCGUGACCAAGGUCCGGGUUCAGAAGAAGGAGGAAACCGCUACCAAGGAGGCCAUCAACGCUCGGCCAGAGAUCGAUGGUGACUACAACUUGACCCGCUUCUUGGCCAAUGGCUUGUACGACCAAGGCAACUUCUUGCACCCUGAGACCGAGAAGGAGUUGACGUUGAAGGAGCUCAUUCUCCACGGAUUCCUAUCACCUUAUCAGACCAAGGUGGUGGAUAAGGCCACGGGUGAGCAGAUCAACCUGAUGGAGGCCAUCGACCGCAAGAUUGUGGACGAGAACGCCGGCACGGUCAAGGACACCAAGACCGGCCGCAACUUUGCCAUCGACGAAGCGCUGCGUAACGGUCUGAUCAAGGAAGAGGAAUCACGUGGAGCGAUCGAAGGCAAGGGUGGUCGAUUUGACAUGAACACUGGCGUCUUCCAUCCACGACCCAAGAGUGCCCUCUCGAGGCAUUCCACCCACUCGGUAGGCCAACAACAUCAACAAGUCGUGGAGAUUGGCGGCCGAAACGUCCCGGUUAAUGUGGUGAAGGGAGCUGAUGGAGUGGAACGAGGAGAGUACGUUGAUCCCAAGAGUGGAAUGAAGUUCACCAUUCAAUCAUCCAGCCAUACCAGCAAACAUUAA